CGGCGCGGCGCCUGGCGAGCAGGAGACUAUGGCCAAAAUGGAGGUGAAAACGUCCCUUCUGGACAAUAUGAUUGGAGUUGGAGAUAUGGUUCUUCUAGAACCUCUCAACGAGGAGACCUUCAUCAACAACCUCAAGAAGCGUUUUGACCACAACGAAAUCUAUACCUACAUUGGAAGUGUGGUCAUCUCCGUGAACCCCUACCGGCCAUUGCCCAUUUACUCCCCAGAGAAAGUGGAGGAGUACCGGAACAGAAACUUCUAUGAACUGAGCCCUCACAUCUUUGCACUGUCAGAUGAAGCAUACCGGUCCCUCCGAGAUCAAGAUAAAGACCAGUGCAUUCUCAUUACUGGGGAAAGCGGAGCAGGAAAAACAGAGGCCAGCAAGCUUGUGAUGUCCUACGUCGCAGCUGUUUGUGGGAAAGGCGCGGAAGUUAAUCAAGUCAAGGAACAGCUUCUCCAGUCCAACCCCGUCCUGGAAGCUUUUGGAAAUGCUAAAACUGUAAGGAAUGACAACUCGUCUAGAUUUGGAAAAUACAUGGAUAUUGAAUUUGACUUUAAAGGUGACCCACUGGGAGGAGUGAUAAGUAACUAUCUUCUAGAGAAAUCUCGAGUUGUGAAACAGCCAAGAGGUGAAAGAAACUUCCACGUGUUCUAUCAGCUGCUCUCGGGCGCCUCUGAAGAACUGCUCGGUAAACUUAAACUUGAACGGGAUUUCAGCAAAUACAACUACUUGAGUCUGGACUCCGCCAAAGUGAACGGAGUGGAUGAUGCAGCAAAUUUCAGGACUGUUCGGAACGCCAUGCAGAUCGUGGGCUUUAUGGACCCUGAGGCCCAGGCUGUCUUGGAGGUCGUGGCGGCGGUGUUGAAGCUGGGGAACAUCGAGUUCAAGCCCGAGUCCCGAGUGAACGGCUUGGAUGAAAGCAAAAUCAAAGACAAGAACGAGUUAAAAGAAAUUUGUGAGCUGACCAGCAUCGAUCAGUCAGUUCUAGAGCGAGCGUUCAGUUUCCGAACAGUCGAGGCCAAGCAGGAGAAGGUUUCCACAACGCUGAAUGUGGCUCAGGCUUACUACGCCCGGGACGCUCUGGCCAAAAACCUCUACAGCAGGCUGUUUUCCUGGCUGGUGAACCGAAUCAAUGAAAGCAUUAAGGCACAGACAAAAGUGAGAAAGAAGGUCAUGGGUGUUUUGGACAUUUACGGAUUUGAGAUUUUUGAGACUGCAGACAACAGCUUUGAGCAGUUUAUUAUUAAUUACUGCAAUGAAAAGCUGCAGCAAAUCUUCAUUGAACUGACUCUUAAAGAAGAACAGGAGGAAUAUAUACGGGAGGACAUAGAAUGGACUCACAUCGACUACUUCAAUAAUGCUAUCAUUUGUGACCUAAUAGAAAAUAACACCAGCGGAAUCCUGGCCAUGCUGGACGAAGAGUGCUUGAGGCCGGGCACGGUCACCGACGAGACCUUCCUGGAGAAGCUGAACCAGAUCUGCGCCACCCACCAGCACUUCGAGAGCAGGAUGAGCAAGUGCUCGCGCUUCCUCAAUGACACGUCUCUGCCGCACAGCUGCUUCAGGAUCCAGCACUAUGCCGGCAAGGUGCUGUACCAGGUGGAAGGGUUUGUGGACAAAAACAAUGACCUUCUCUAUCGAGACCUGUCCCAAGCCAUGUGGAAGGCUGGCCACUCCCUCAUCAAGUCUUUGUUCCCUGAAGGGAACCCCGCCAAGAUCAACCUGAAGAGGCCGCCCACGGCGGGAUCGCAGUUCAAGGCCUCUGUGGCCACACUCAUGAAAAACCUACAGACCAAGAACCCAAACUACAUUAGGUGCAUCAAGCCAAAUGAUAAGAAGGCAGCAUACAUCUUCACGGAGGCUCUUGUGUGUCAUCAGAUCAGAUACCUGGGUCUUUUGGAAAAUGUGCGAGUGAGGAGGGCAGGCUAUGCCUUUAGGCAGGCUUAUGAACCUUGCCUAGAAAGAUACAAAAUGCUUUGUAAACAAACGUGGCCGCAUUGGAAAGGCCCAGCACGAUCUGGCGUGGAAGUUCUGUUUAAUGAGUUAGAGAUUCCUGUGGAAGAAUAUUCCUUUGGGAGAUCAAAGAUAUUCAUCCGGAACCCAAGAACAUUAUUCAAGUUAGAAGACCUGAGGAAGCAGCGGCUAGAGGACUUGGCCACCCUCAUUCAGAAGAUUUACCGGGGGUGGAAGUGCCGCACUCACUUCCUGCUGAUGAAGAAAAGUCAAGUCGUGAUUGCCGCGUGGUACAGGAGAUACUCGCAACAAAAGAGAUACCAGCAGAUAAAGCGCUCUGCCUUGGUGGUUCAGUCUUAUAUCCGAGGCUGGAAGGCUCGGAAAAUCCUGCGGGAACUGAAGCAUCAAAAGCGCUGCAAGGAGGCAGCCACCACCAUUGCAGCGUAUUGGCAUGGCACCCAGGCGCGAAGGGAACUGAGCCGGCUGAAGGAGGCGGCUAGGAAUAAACAUGCUAUUGCAGUGAUUUGGGCUUACUGGCUUGGAUCGAAGGCUCGAAGGGAAUUGAAGCGCUUGAAGGAGGAGGCUAGGCGUAAGCAUGCAGUUGCUGUCAUUUGGGCUUACUGGCUUGGACUGAAGGUGCGGAGAGAGUACCGAAAAUUCUUCAGAGCUAAUGCUGGGAAGAAAAUUUAUGAGUUUACACUGCAAAGAAUUGUGCAAAAAUACUUCUUGGAAAUGAAAACGAAGAUGCCAUCCUUGUCUCCGAUCGACAAGAACUGGCCGUCCAGACCGUACCUAUUCUUAGACUCUACUCACAAGGAACUGAAAAGGAUUUUCCACUUGUGGAGGUGUAAAAAAUACCGGGACCAGUUCACCGACCAGAAGAAGCUGGUGUAUGAAGAGAAACUAGAAGCCAGCGAACUCUUCAAGGACAAGAAGGCUCUGUACCCGGCUAGUGUUGGGCAACCUUUCCAAGGGGCUUACCUGGAAAUCAACAAGAAUCCCAAGUAUAAGAAGCUCAAAGAUGCCGUUGAAGAAAAGAUAAUCAUUGCCGAAGUUGUGAAUAAAAUUAACCGAGCUAAUGGGAAGAGUACAUCCCGGAUUUUCCUCUUAACAAAUAAUAAUCUCCUUCUUGCGGAUCAGAAGUCUGGACAAAUCAAGUCAGAGGUUCCCUUGGGAGACGUGACCAAGGUGUCCAUGAGCUCCCAAAACGACGGCUUCUUUGCUGUCCAUCUCAAAGAGGGUUCAGAAGCAGCCAGUAAAGGAGAUUUCCUCUUCAGCAGUGACCACCUGAUUGAAAUGGCCACCAAGCUGUACCGUACAACUCUCAGCCAAACCAGACAGAAGCUCAAUAUUGAAAUUUCUGAUGAGUUUCUGGUACAGUUCCGGCAGGACAAAGUCUGUGUCAAGUUUAUUCAGGGCAGCCAGAAAAACGGGAGUGUGCCCAUGUGCAAACGAAAAAACAACCGGCUCCUUGAAGUUGCCGUCCCUUAACUGGCACCUGCUCUCCGCUCUCACGGACUUGUUUCCUUAACGGUGCAAUGGGAGUUCCUUGUAUGUUUGGAAAGUGCCAGAGGCUCAUACUAUUCGAGACCCUUGGCAAAAAUUGUAAACAAAAACAUUUGACUAAUCGGUUUUUAUUAUUGGAAUGGUUUUAAUCCUUAAAGUACAUGUUCUGUCCAGGGGCAGGAUUGUAGAAACUAACAGUGUCUAGGCCAAGCCAUAUGCGUUUGCUUUUGUUAGUCUUCAUGUUAGAUCGGUGGACCAUACGCCAACAUAGUGCUCCUCCAUCCUUAAUACGUCUAGUUGUAGAAGACAGUCUUAGAGCUAGUACAUUCGUUCAUUAAAUAUUUAUUGAAUGCCUACUCAGUGCUAGGCACUGCGCUAGAAGGUAUGAAAACUUAUUAGGAAUCCUUUUUUUUUUUUUCCAAGUCUUUCAAGCCGUUGCAUUUUGGCUGCUUUAAGUUGAUUGAACUAGGGCUGAGGGGGCGUGGAAAUACGGAGACCAAAACAGUGACGGUUACGGAUAACCUUGUUAGGAAAACUACUUCCAGAAAGGCUGUCCUGAGAGGGAAUCAGAAUCUACGGGUACAGUGCGCCCACUUGCAGUGUGUUUGAAGAAAGAAAGAAACCUGGCAUCUGGACAUGACCUUGCAUUGGCUUUGAUCUCUUGUCAUUGCCUUCAGUGGUAGAGAAGAGUCACUGUUAACUUAGGAAAAAGCGACAGAAGCAGACAGACAGAAGACGAUAUUUCCUUGCUUGCAGUUAACAUCAGAUGUCGUCCUGGAUGUGCUGUGAUCUGCGGAGUGCUGGGCAGAUAUUUCAUAAGAACUAGGCCAGGACGGGGCUGCAAGUCCUUCCGAAAGUGGCAGGCAUUCUGUACGAUGUGCAAUAGACCAUCCAGAUCUCUUGUGAAAGUGUUAUUUAUAAUAGACAUGCUUUAUGAAAGAAGUGAUUGGUACAGGGUGCAUAUUUUAAUCAAGGAUUAAAAAGAAAGUUGUGUUCAUUUGCAGGGCUGUUUUUGUUUGUUUUCCUUUUCAAAUUUCCAAUAAGGAUGAUUUUGGACAUGAUGUUUUGAACUUUGGAAUCAAAUGGUUUCUUAUUUGGGAAGAGAGUGUCUUCACAUUAUGUUAAAUAAUAAAAUUGUCCUAAUUAGGUGCCAUUCUUCUGGAUCAUGACUAUUUUUGUAUCUCAAGCUAUUUUCUCAUGUUGUAUGAAAUGUAUUGUCAUGUGGAAAGGCUUUCCAAGCCCAACAGUCUGUGUUCUCUGUAACUGAAUUUCAUUUAUCUUUGAUAAAUCAAAAACCUUUCAUUGAAAGUAUUUUUCUGGGGAAUUUCCUUUAAUGUUUGUACUUCCCCCCCAAAAAAUGUUCUCAUAAAGAAGUUCCUGGAAGCUUUUGUGUUGGCACAGGUAGAGGCUGCAAUUCCUGUCUUAACGGUCAUUUCCAAAUGUGCCCGCAGCAGUAGAUUGAUGAUUCCUGAUCCUUUGGUAAGUAGAAUUUGGGGCCUAAGACUUUGUUAUUUGUUUGUUUAACUGUUUAUAAUAUGUAAUACAUUCACUUUGUAAAAAGAAAAGAAAAGGUGUCUAAUAAAAAUGCUCCAUCUCA